CGGGAGGUCGUUGCGCGUUUGAGCCACUCGCGCUGCCGUAGGGACGCGGUGGCUGUUGGUCUCGGUGAAGAUGGCGUCCUCCUUCAGGGUGAGCUGAGCGGGCCGGCGAGCCGCCCGCUUCUCAUCGCAGCCGUUGGUGGCGGAGACAGGAGGGCUUCCUCCCACUUGCGCGACCUUCAGCUGGAGGCGUUCUCGCUUCCCCGGCCCGCCAGGGCGAGCCUCCCGUUUGCAGCGAGCGGGGCCAGGGUCGACGCCGGCAGCAUGGCCGGGGCGAGCCUGCUGGAAGAGGUACUGCGCGGAGAGCCCGGCGACGUGACCGACUGGAACCUGCCCGUGGCUUUCAUGAAGAAGCGGCACUCGGAGAAAAUUGAGGGCUCCAAAGCGGUCACACAGAGCUGGCGCAUGAAGGACCGGAUGAAAACUGUCAGUGUUGCCUUAGUUCUUUGCCUGAAUGUUGGCGUGGAUCCCCCUGAUGUUGUGAAAACUACUCCCUGUGCUCGAUUGGAAUGCUGGAUAGAUCCACUGUCCACGAGCCCUCAAAAAGCCUUGGAAAGCAUUGGCGCUAACCUGCAGAAACAGUAUGAGAACUGGCAGCCAAGGGCCAGAUACAAGCAGAGCUUGGAUCCAACAGUGGAUGAAGUUAAAAAGCUCUGCACCUCCCUGAGACGUAAUGCAAAGGAGGAAAGAGUGCUUUUCCAUUAUAAUGGGCAUGGAGUGCCAAGACCAACUGGAAACGGCGAAAUCUGGGUAUUUAAUAAGAACUAUACCCAGUAUAUUCCGCUCUCCAUUUAUGACCUUCAAACUUGGAUGGGCAGUCCCUCGAUAUUUGUGUAUGACUGCUCAAAUGCUGGGAUCAUUGUGAAGUCAUUUAAGCAGUUUGCAUUACAGAGGGAACAAGAGCUCGAGGUUGCUGCCAUCAAUCCAAACCACCCUCUGGCACAGAUGCCAUUGCCGCCAUCGAUGAAGAACUGCAUCCAACUGGCAGCCUGUGAGGCCACUGAACUUCUUCCGAUGAACCCAGAUUUGCCUGCUGACCUUUUCACUUCCUGCCUUACCACACCUAUCAAAAUAGCAUUGCGCUGGUUCUGCAUGCAAAGGAGUGCCAAGCUGGUGCCUGGUGUUACAUUGGACUUAAUAGAGAAAAUUCCGGGACGACUGAAUGAUAGGCGAACACCUCUCGGAGAACUCAAUUGGAUUUUUACAGCCAUAACAGACACAAUAGCAUGGAAUGUAUUACCUAGAGAUCUCUUCCAAAAAUUAUUUCGGCAGGACCUGCUGGUUGCCAGUUUAUUCCGCAAUUUUCUUUUAGCCGAAAGGAUCAUGAGGUCGUACAACUGUACCCCUGUCAGUAGUCCUCGUCUACCUCCAACGUACAUGCAUGCUAUGUGGCAAGCUUGGGAUCUCGCAGUGGAUAUUUGCCUUUCCCAACUACCCACCAUUAUAGAAGAGGGAACAGCUUUCAGGCACAGUCCAUUUUUUGCCGAGCAGCUCACAGCAUUCCAAGUGUGGCUGACAAUGGGCGUUGAGAACAGGAAUCCCCCCGAGCAGUUGCCAAUUGUUCUGCAGGUAUUGCUUAGCCAAGUCCAUCGUCUGCGAGCACUCGAUUUGCUGGGAAGGUUUUUGGACUUGGGACCCUGGGCCGUGAGUCUAGCUUUAUCCGUUGGUAUUUUUCCAUAUGUUUUGAAACUACUUCAGAGUUCAGCCCGGGAAUUGAGGCCACUUCUUGUUUUCAUCUGGGCCAAAAUCUUGGCUGUGGAUAGUUCUUGCCAGGCUGAUCUAGUGAAAGAUAAUGGCCACAAAUACUUCCUGUCUGUUCUGGCAGACCCAUACAUGCCGGCUGAACACAGAACAAUGGCAGCUUUUAUUUUAGCUGUAAUUGUCAACAGCUAUAAUACAGGACAGGAAGCCUGUUUACAGGGUAAUCUGAUAGCCAUCUGCCUGGAGCAGUUGAGUGAUCCUCAUCCUUUACUGCGACAGUGGGUUGCCAUUUGUUUGGGUCGUAUCUGGCAGAACUUUGAUGCUGCUCGCUGGUGUGGUGUAAGGGACAUUGCACAUGAGAAGUUGUACAGUCUUCUCUCAGAUCCAAUACCUGAGGUGCGAUGUUCUGCUGUCUUUGCCUUGGGCACAUUUGUGGGCAACUCAGCGGAGAGAACUGACCAUUCCACAACUAUUGAUCACAAUGUAGCUAUGAUGUUAGCUCAGUUAAUAAAUGAUGGCAGUCCUGUCGUUAGGAAGGAAUUGGUUGUGGCAUUCAGUCAUCUUGUCAUUCAGUAUGAAAGUAAUUUCUGUACCGUGGCAUUACAGUUCAUGGAAGAAGAGAAGAACUACCCUCUUCCCUCUCCUGCCAGUGUGAUAGAACCUGGGAACUUCACACCAGUACGUGAUGGACCAGCCGUCCCAAGGCUUCGUACCGUGAGUUCCUAUGGGAAUAUCCGUGCGGCCACUUCAGUUCGGAACUUGAACAAGUCUCUCCAAAAUCUUAAUUUAAACGAAGAAACGGGCAGCUCAAACCCCUUCUCCCCUGGGUAUCUAAGUACGAGCAGUAGUGCCAGCAGUACCCUGGGAAGCCCUGACAAUGAAGAGUACAUCCUUUCAUUUGAAACCAUCGAUAAAAUGAGGAGAGUCAGCUCCUACAGCUCCUUGAACUCAUUGAUAGGGGUGUCAUUUAACAGCGUCUAUACUCAGAUUUGGCGUGUUCUGCUUCACCUGGCAGCAGAUCCUUUCCCAGAGGUCUCUGACCUUGCUAUGAAGGUGCUCAACAACACUGCUUAUAAGGCUACAGUUAAUGCCCGACCACAGCGCAUCCUGGACUCCACAAACCUUACACAGUCAGCACCAGCCAGCCCUACCAGUAAGGGAGCACACAUUCAUCAAGUUGGGGGUUCACCUCCUAUACCCAGCACAAGCAGUUCGAGCCUAACCAAUGAUGUGAGCAAACAGGCUGGACCCAGGGAUAUCUCAUCAACAUCACGACAAGGAAUUAUUCCCACCAUCGGUGUACCAUAUACUCCUCAUUCUCACCAGUUUUCCAGAACACGAAAAAUGUUUGAUAAGGGGCCAGAUCAGACUGUUGAAGAUUCAGAGGAUGGAGUUGGACACAAAAGUUUUAUAUCUGCAACUAUGCAAACGGGGUUCUGUGAUUGGAGUGCAAAAUAUUUUGCACAGCCAGUGAUGAAGAUUCCUGAGGAGCAUGACGUGGAGAGCCUGGUUCGCAAGGAGCGAGAAUGGAGGUUCUUACGUAACGGGUUAGUUAGAAAACGUUCCACAGAGAUUAUAAAAAAGGGUGUUACAAGACUAGAUGACCAAAUCUUUAUCAACCGCAAUCCAGGCGUGCCCUCCGUUGUGAAGUUCCACCCUUUUACUCCGUGUAUAGCAGUAGCUGAUAAAGACAGUAUCUGUUUUUGGGACUGGGAGAAAGGAGAAAAGCUUGACUAUUUUCACAAUGGAAAUCCCCGGUACACACGGAUCACUGCUAUGGAAUACCUGAAUGGGCAGGAUUUCUCUCUGCUCCUGUCAGCCACAGAUGAUGGCGCUAUCCGAGUUUGGAAGAACUUUGCGGAUUUGGAAAAGAAUCCAGAGAUGGUGACCGCAUGGCAAGGUUUAUCUGAUAUGCUCCCGACCACCAGAGGUGCUGGAAUGGUGGUGGAUUGGGAGCAGGAAACUGGUCUGCUAAUGACUUCUGGUGAUGUUCGCAUUAUUCGAAUCUGGGACACAGACCGAGAGAUGAAAGUACAGGAUAUUCCAACUGGGGCAGAUAGUUGCGUGACCAGUCUUUCCUGUGAUUCCAAUCGUUCCCUGAUUGUCAGUGGCCUCGGUGAUGGUUCAGUUCGUAUCUUUGACAGGAGAAUGGCUCCUAAUGAAUGCCGUGUAAUGACCUACAGGGAACAUUCUGCAUGGGUAGUGAAAACCUAUUUACAGAAGUCCUCUAAAGGCAAUAUCAUCGCUGUGAGUGUAAAUGGAGAUGUGAGGUUCUUUGACCCACGGAAGACGGAUUCAUUCAAUAUUAUCCAGACGGUAAAAGGGCUGACAGCACUGGACUUCCAUCCUCAAGCUAAUCUGUUUGCUUGUGGCUCUAUGAACCAGUUCAUUGCUGUAUAUAAUGCAAGUGGAGAAGUGAUAAGCAAUAUUAAAUACUAUGACGGAUUUAUGGGGCAGAGGAUUGGAGCGAUUAGCUGCCUGGCUUUCCACCCGUAUUGGCCUCACUUAGCAGUUGGAAGUAAUGACUACUACAUGUCUAUAUAUUCAGCAGAGAAACGCAUCAGAUAACACAGAAUUACGCAGCCCUGCCUAUCUACUUUAUGGAGAUUCUGACUAGCAUCAGACGCUGUAUAUUACUUCAAAUGUACAUAUUGAAUUAUUUACUUGAACAUUUGGUGACAGCUGCUGCAAGUCGUGAUUUGAACAAAUUUUCCAUUCUAUAUUUCAGCAGCAGCCACAACUUGUCCUGUAAGAACAUGGCUGCCAAACUUAUUCAAGGACUUGUCUGAACCACUAAAAUUUUUUUCCCCCUUUUGUGAAUUAGAUUUUAGAAUUCAGAUUAAUAUAAUUUGCCAUGUCGUGACUGCCUCAGAUGGCCUAACAACUGUGUGUAAAUUACAAAUCCUCUCAGCUUCCUCGGUGAAAUAAUACAUCAAAGGGGAAUGCCGGUAUUAAAGUACUAGUAGCUGUUCCGAAGGACUGUUCAAAAACUCACACCUUUAACGUUACGUCUAUGAGCAUUAUUUUAUCCAUAGACUACAGCAGGCCCACAGGAGGAAAAUCAUGUUAUUCUGAAACGUUGUACAGUGUUCUUCCCAACUUGUUUUUUUGUGUGUGUGUGUGUGAUCUAAUUUUGCUCAAUAAUUGCUGGUUGUAAUAGGAAAUGCCAAUCAACUCGUACAAAUAACCAAUGAUGGGACAAGCGACCUGAGCAGGACAUGAGUGACCCACUUAUCUGUUGUCGAAUGUAAAUGAAACCAUUAAAGGAACUGGAAAUUGAUCUGUGAUUGUUUUCCUAAUGAUACAAAUGCUUCCAAUCUUCAGACUUGUAAACUAGUUGGAUCUGCAAAAGCCAAGAGUUAUGAGAUAUUCUUGUUUAUUUGUCUUUAUUUUUAAUAUAAAUCUGAUGCCACAUGCAUAUUAUGAUCUGACAUUUAUUAAGCUAUGUUGUGAAUUAAAUACAGUAUUAUUUUAUUAUAUAUUAUCACUUUUAAACAGAUUUAACACUGACUUUUGUUUAAGCCUAGGCAAUAAUAUACACUAGUAGCUAAGUAGUUGCUGAACACAAUUCACGAAUAGUAAAGUGGAAGGUUGGCUUUUUUCAUGAUAAUAAAUUAAUUUGUAGUAUUGGGUUUUAUGUUACCAUCUGUUAAUGGGAGUUUUUUUUGUUAAACUUGUGAUUUGUUAUUUCUUGCUUUCAUGGUCUGAAGGUUAGGUAUAGAACAGGGUGCCAUACUUUUUUUUCAGUCUGUAUUGAGUUUGAAUCAUCCUUUAAUGGAACAAAUUUAAAUUCCACAUUAUCCAACCCCCAUUACCACGUUGCAUUCGGAGCUGUUUCUCGGCUCGCCGGCAAUAUUGAAUUUGAGCCGACUGGAAGAAACAGGGUUCAAUUUGUGUCCUGUGUGAGUUCAGUGCUGAAUAGUUAAAAUUGGAAGCUUUUAGUUUGCACAAUUAAGCCAAAAAUCCUGACUAGCCUCAUUAGAGUGUCAUGUUCUGAAGCAAAGCCAUGCUGUAUCGCAUUUCCCACUAAGAACCAGGCGAACUUACUUGAAGUCAAAUUAGUUGAGCGGAACUUAGGAAGGCGAAGAAGCAGUUAGUAGUGUGGUUCCUCAGUCCUCCUCCUGCUCUGAUCUUUGGCCUGAACUUCAUAUUCCUGACCGUUUCCAAUAAACCCUCAUUUCCGCUGUGGUCCAAGUCAGCAUCCACAGCCCUCUGGGAGAGAAAUUCCAAAGAUCCUCAGCCCUCUCCAGGAAGUUUGACCUCAUAUCAGUUGAAUAUUGUCAACCCCUCACCCUGAGGCCAUUUCCUUCUUUAACACUCCUUGGAAAAUAUUUUCACCAUAUUUACCCUGCCAAGUCUUUUCACAAUCUCGUUCUUCUCAACUCCAGAGAGCAGACAAAAUUGUAAUUGGAAUCCUGAACAUCUUUAUCAAAAUUGAUAAGUGCUUUUAGAAUUGGAGAAAAGCUAAGGUUUCCUAAAAGAUUUAGUACGUUAAAAUUACUUAAAUAAAAAUAUUUUGGAAUGCAAGCAAGAAUGAAGUCGUCAGAGGCUGAACAAUUGUAAAAGGAGCUGUUAUUCAAAGUAAUUUUCUUCUCGUUGAUCACAAAUAGUUAGAUUGAAAUAAGCACCUGGCCCAACAUUUUUUUUUGAUUAUUGUAGUUUUGAUCUUUUUUUAAUCCAUUAAGAAUGACACAAAUAAGGUCUCUUGAAACUGUGUGUUCCAGAGUACCUCAAAGAACGUCUAAACAUUAAACCCAAUGCCCCUGCAAACCUGUAGACUUGGUUCCCAGCUGGAUUUUGAUACCAUGUGCCUGUGGAUGGAAGAGAUAGCAGUUGCAACCACAGCCUCUCCCAGGACCAUAAUCCGGGGAUGUAUGAAUUAGAUCUGUUAAUUAAUAAUAAAAAAAUAUGUAAGCUCAGACACAAUUACUGUUAUAUGGCAUUUGGGAGAGGGAUCUUUAGAUUUUUAGGGCCCACAGCUGAGUCAGACACAAUUUUGCCGUCCCUCGUGCUUUUAAAUAAAUGUACCUUAGCUGGAGAUUCUUUGAAACCAGUAGGUUUUAUCCCAAAAGACACUGCUGUGAGUACAUUAAAGUAAUUUUCACAGCUGAAACACAGUGAUAUAUGUUCAAGAUUAGGUGAUGGUUCACAAAUAGUGGUAACCUCAUCUAGCAGUUAGCAGUUUGUAACCUGAUGUGGAAAUUUAAAAUUUACUAAAAAAGAAGGAACUAGAUUGUCUGUAUUGGAGAAAAAUUCACCUAAGUUCUGUUUAAAUAUAUCAGUAUCUAGAAAAACAAAUUAUAAGUCAGUCAAGUUGAAAGCCAUAUUUUUUUAAAGUGUGCAUGCAUACACUCUGUGAUGAGAAUAUAUGUGUGAAUUAAGGAUGUAACUACAAUAUCUCUUCCAAUUCUUCAGCAUUUGGCUUCUACAUUCAGUUACUUUUAUUGAGAAAUCGACAGUCACGAGCUACUCUGCUACAACUGAGGCACAGUAGUGUAGUGGUUAGCACAACGCUUCACUGUACCAACGAUCCAGGUUCAAUUCCCAGCGCUGCCUGAGAGAGGCAAUAUACUUUAUACUUUUAGGAGUUUGUGCGUUCUCCCCUUGACCGUGUGGGUUUCCUCCAGGUGCUCCAGUUUCCUCCUACAUUCCAAAGACUUACCAUUUGGUAGGUUAAUUGGUCAUUGUAAAUUGUCCAUGGUUAGCAGAGGAUUAAAUUGGGGGACUGCUGGGCAGCACAGCUCAAAGGGCCUAUUCCACAUUGUAUGUCAAUAAACAAGUGUAUAAUUCUUCCUAACAAGGAUAAUAGCUUUUAAUUGGUGGUUAAGAACACUCCUAUUACAGUUUGGCUCCUCGCCUCCGACUAAUAAAUGAUUCUUUAUAAAACUUGCAAGUUUGGGUUAAAAAAUGCCUAGCUUUUCAGGUGUGCAUCACUUUGCCUUAUAGUAAUUUGAGACAUUUUCACCUUGAUUAUCUGCCUUGUGGGGGGGAGUCUUUUCCUGAAAAGCAGUUGAAGACUUAAAGCAACUGACUGAAUGGAUUAUUCCUAACUUCAACCCAAAUGGUUAUUUUGCCUUGGUGGGGGAAAAAAUGUAGAAAUUAACAAAAUAGGUUUGGUCACAAGACAAGCUUACAAAUGUAUCAAUCCUCUCCGUUUGAAUACCUCACUCAAACAGAGCUAACAUGAAUGUGUAUAGAUGUUUUAAACUCACUAACCUUAAUUUUGUGUGAUCUAUUUGGUUUCUGUUAGGAUGUUAAUUUUGUCCACUUGUCACUGUCUAUUGAUUGCAUAUGGAGUUCAUAUGCUGGGUAUUAAUUAAAUUGAGGGAGGAUAUAUUGAUGUGAUACCUCAUGAGCCGUUGUUUUGAAUGUCUGCUUUUUAGAUGAAAAUGCACAAUUAAAACUAUAUUGGCA